AUGGAGAAUUACGGACAGCAGACCGAAGUGGCUUCCGCACUGUUCAAUAACAACCACAUCAAACAGAAUUACAAUAAUGGGUGCAAAAACGAUUACUGCUACCUCGUCGACGACUGCGCCAAGCACAAAGGAGUUAUGGAGUAUAACAGCAUAGUGGACGACAAAUCGAAUUAUCCUUUGAAACAGGAAACGGAAGGCACCCAGAACUUCCACACGCCGUUUUCGGUUAAGGACAUUUUAAACUCGACGAAUUACAGCUACGAAAGGACCGAUUUGUGGAAAUGCCACGAGAGGGACCGAAGACUUGACCACGAACAAGCUUUCCACCAGAAUACGUACAGCGCUCAGGAGUACUACAACCCGAUGUACCCCAACAUGCCGGUACACAGCAACGUAGAAUAUUGGAAUCAGGAUGCGCACGAUCAUAAAUUCGACGAAUAUUAUAACUACAAUCCGUAUUGCCAUAAUUGGUAUCAUCAGAACUAUGAAUACGACACGGGUACUUAUGGAUUAGUGGAGGCUCCGACGAAGGCUGAAGAGAGAGAGUCGCAUAUAGCGACGCCGCCGCCAUCAGAACCCAAAACUAGUGCCGACAAAAGUCAUUACCGCGUUCUGGAGGAAGAAAAACCUGCUGCGUCGACGAGAAAAAAAACGCCCGCGGAUGCCAAGCCUGAUAGAAAAGAACGAAGCCUGAAGCGUAAACCCAGGAUCCUCUUCUCGCAAACCCAAGUUCACGCCCUGGAGGUCCGUUUUAGAAUUCAAAAAUACCUCACUGCUCCUGAAAGAGAACAACUUGCCGUCUCGCUGAACCUGUCGCCUACCCAAGUCAAAAUCUGGUUUCAAAAUCGAAGAUACAAAAGUAAGAGAAUCAAAUCCCCCGAAGUCACGACGUCCACCGACACGAGACCCGGCAAGGUGUUCGGAGUCAGGAAAUUGUUUAAGCCCGAAAAGAAAGACGACGUGCCAAGCCAGAAUGGUUACGAAGACAAAAGCGCUACAACUGCUGAAAGACUGUUCAGUCUAAACCCGAAUAACGUGACUUCAAUUGUUUAUUUCGAUGAAAAUCUAAACUAUGAUAGCAACGGUAAUGACGUCACUGGUGUUAUUGAGGAUAAAUAUGAUAAUUUAGAUGUAUGUAACACUGAAAUAUCGAGUCUGUAUGAAACCAACCUGAGUACCGGUAGCCAAAAAUACGAAUCUGAUGUUAAAAAGUAUUUCACUAUGAACUAUUCUUGUUGA